AUGAGUGAGCCAAGACUCUUGGGUACCCACAUACCAUUCCCUUCAUUACCCAACUCCAUCAAAGAAUCUAACUGUAAGAUAGUUUAUAUCUGUAGGAAUCCAUUUGACACUUUUGUUUCUGCUUGGGAAUUCUAUCCUAAAUCGAAGUUAGUGUCUUUACCUACCUUAACACUCGAGGAAGCAUUCAAAAAGUAUUGCGAUGGCAUAAUGGGGUAUGGUCCAUGGUGGAGUCAUAUGUUAGGUUACUGGAAGGAGAGCAUAGACAGACCAAACAAAAUUCUGUUCUUGAAAUACGAGGAUCUUAAAGAGGAUACUGAAUUUCAUGUGAAAAGAAUUAGAGUUCUUGGGUUCUCCUAUCAGUGA